GUCAAAAUUGUCAAAACCACAUGGUUAUUGAUGUUGCUGUUAUUUUAUCGGUGUGCAAUAUUUUAAUUAAAGUUUUAGCGCAUAUUAAAUAAAAAACAAGGAUGGUUAUAAAAGAUUGGGCAAAAAUUUCACCUGGGCUUUCAAAGCCCGUGUUAUCAUGUAUCGAAAAACAGGGUUUUAAGACCAUGACUCCUAUACAGGCGGCUGUGAUACCUUUAAUCAUGUCUUGCAAAGAUGUGGUUGCGGAGGCAGUAACAGGCUCCGGCAAAACAUUGGCAUUUGUUGUACCGAUGUUGGAAAUGUUAAUUAAGAAACAAAAGGAGUCACCACUUCGGAAAGACUAUGUUUAUGCUGUUAUUAUAUCACCAACUAGAGAACUAGCUUCACAGAUUUAUAAGGUCAUAGAACUCUUUUUACAAGAACCUGAACUAUCACACAUUACAAUGGCUUUGCUUCUUGGAGGGCGGCCCGUGGAGGCUGACAUAGAGGCCAUUCAAAAAGGAGCUCAAAUAGCCGUGUGCACUCCUGGCAGGUUGGGAGACUUGCUGGCUGAGAGAAAGCAGCUUAAUCUGUCUGGGAGACUGAAAGAGAUGGAUAUAUUAGUCCUUGAUGAAGCUGACCGGCUUCUUGACUUAGGCUUCAGUCAAACUCUCACGACCAUCCUCCAAUAUCUACCACGGCAGAGACGAACAGGUUUAUUUUCAGCCACACAGACUAAAGAACUUCAAGAUCUAGUCAGAGCAGGAUUAAGAAACCCUGUUGUUGUGAGUGUUAAAGAAAAAUCAACCAUAAGCACUCCAAUCCUUCUAGAAAAUUAUUAUGUCAUAGUAGAACCUGAAGAUAAGUUUCUCUUCCUCUUAAACUUUAUAAGGAACAGGAAAAUUGCUAAAGGGCUAUUCUUCUUACCAACUUGCGCAUGCGUCGAUUACUGGGCAGAUGUGUUGCCAGUAUUCUUGCCAGAUAUAAAAAUCUUCUCCAUACAUGGUAAAAUGAAAAUGAAGCGAAGUAAAAUUUUGGAAAAGUUCAGACAAGCUGAUAAUACUAUUUUGUUGUGUACAGACCUGUUGGCAAGAGGUCUAGACAUCCCAGAAGUAGAAUGGGUUCUCCAAUGGGAGCCUCCUACGAACCCUGCUUCCCUAGUACAUCGGGUGGGUCGUACGGCGCGGGGCGGAGCCGCAGGGUGCUCCUUGUUACCUCUACUACCCACGGAAGACACCUACGUACCCUUCAUUAAGACCAAUCAGAUGGUAGAACUCAAAGACUGGAGGAAAUCUAAAGAUGAAAUCAAAAUUAAUCCUAAGUUAAAAGAUAAGGUACUAUCAAUGCUACAUGAACAACAGAAGCAAGACAGAGCAGUUUUAGACAAAGGCCUACGUGCGUUCGUGUCGCACAUGCGAGCCUACACAAAGCACGAAUGUAACCUUCUAUUGCAAUUCAAAGAAUUACCUUUAGGUCAUAUAGCUACAAGCUACGGCCUUCUAAAGCUACCAUUAAUGCCCGAAAUAAAACAAGAACACAAAGACCAAUUUGUUGGGCCGAAAGAAGAAAUAGAUUUUAAUAGUAUACCUUAUAAGGAUAAACAGAAGGAAGCUAGUCGUUUGCAGAAGUUGGGAGAGUUUAAAAAGACUGGUGUAUGGCCAUCGAAGAAGAAAAAGAAAAUGGUACAAUCAGAGCCAUGGGAGCAAGCAAAGUUAAAUAAGGAAGAACGAAAACAGAAGAGGAAAAAGCGAAAAGAGCUGAAAAAGAAUGAGCCAGAAGGUGGGAAGAAGCGCAAACGUAAAGCGGUAACACAAGAGGAACUGAAUGAACUUGCAGCCGAUAUAGCGCUUAUGAAGAAAUUGAAAAAGCGCAAAAUUACCGAAGAACAAUUUGACCAACAGUUUGAAGUGUAAAUACAUAUUUUAUAUAACCG